CGUGAGAGGAACUCAGAAAGUGAUUGUUCGCGCCAAAAAUACCAUUGUUUUCAAGAAUCAGUCCACAGCAAUUGCCUAUUCAGCCUCAACGUUAUAUUACAACAUUAGACGCUGAUUACAUGUCGUUGAUUUGUGAUAAUGUUGAUACUCUGGUGGAUUUUUAUAUUGUUCGUUAAAACAGAUGCAACUAGUGACAACCAAUUGCCUGAAUCUGAAAAGGAUUUAAGAUACCUACCACUUUACGAGAAGCAUUACGAAGGAAGGCCCGUACCUGUUGGAUCCCUACCACCACUGACUACUGUUCCCAUAGCUGGUGAGAGGUGCUCAUCGAGGCUUGAAAAUGCUCUGGAGCAGUUAAAGAGGCGCAAAAGGAAUCAGCCAAAGAGUUUGGAUACACCAUUGAGUCAGAGCUUAGAUCUAAAUGGGUACAGCUUACAUCAGACAAUGAGAAGCGCUCCCAUAGACAUGUACGUGACAAGGAUGCGUGUAAGAUUACCACAGAAUAGCGACUGGGUACGAGUAGAAAAAUGCUACUUUGAUCCUAGAAACGUGUCUCUUGAUACCAUGCUACUCUUCCAUGACAUAACCAUUUCUGGAAAUGUCGAUUUAUACGAUGCGACGGAUCUUGAUGGGACCAUCCCACCAAGUCGAAGAUUGAGAAGAAAUUAUGCUGAAUAUGACCAAGGUAUUCGAGGAAGAAAUGGCUGCAAUAUGAUAUUAAGACUACGAAAAGCUGGAAUAGGAUUCCACACACGUCCUCUUAACCAGCAUCCUGGCAAAUUCAAUGUGAAGACAGACUCAGAGUUUGUAGAGCCAGGUUUCAUAAGUGUUUACGCCUAUGGCUGCGAAAAGUACAUAAAUAAGAAUUCUAUUAGAAAUAAAGACGAUCUACCGCUAAAACGAAAACGAAGAUCUGACGAGUUCACAUUUGACCUGAACUUAGACGAUCAUAUAAGUGAACCUAUUGGUAGAGCAUCUGAUAAUUGGGAUGCUUAUGAACCUAGAACCAAUAGAUUGAAUUAUGAAAGAAGCAAGCUAUUUAGACCGGAAGACACUUUAGAUGACGCCGAAGAUAUAUCCAGGGAAAUGGAAGACAUCUUCACAAAAGGCAUAAGGACGCUUUUAACUACAUAUAUGAAAAAAGAACUACAACCAGCAAUUAAGGAUACAUUGAUGAGAAAUAUGGGUUAUGUAAUAUCAUAUGGAUGACAUUAAUAUAUAUACAUAAAAGACACUAUAAAAUAAUCAUUGUUGAUAUUGUUAUACUUACUUUCAUGUUCUGUUACGAGUUACAAACUUCAGUAGGUUUGGCAGUAAUUAAUACAGUUUCACAAACAUCUUAUGUUACGUACACAACGCCUUCAUACAAGAUAUAUCUUACUCUAUACACUGUACUUUUCAAAUACUUUUGCACAAAAAUUAAUAUUUUUGCGUGGAAGUAUUUUUUUAUUAAAUAGGUGGACAACCAAGCAAUAGGUUGACAUUACGUAAUCGCCGCCGUCUACAUACUCUUGUAAUACCUGGAAAAUCACAGGAGCGUUGCCGACCUUUUAGGAAGAUGUACGCGCUAUUUUUAAGGUAGGUACCCGAUUUGUAACGUUCAAGGAAUCCUAUUCCACAGUUUGGUUGUACGAAAACUGCAAUGUUGAGGAACGCCACACAUCCAGAUGGUGACGAACAUAUUCAUGUUUGCGGCAUGUAUAUUUCGUUUGCAAGGACCGGCUUAAGCACCUCUUCCGACAACUCUCAGUGAUCAAUACGGUACAAUACACAAACUGAAGCGACGUCUCCAUGUAAUGACCAGUGAUAGAGCAGUUUUCAAAUUACUUGAUCCACGACAAUAUGGGCAUCUCAUGCAUAUUGUGUGGCCAAACCUGCGCCAUAAAGAGCUCUAGACCGUAAUGUCUAGAAGUAUUGCGUCAGUCUAUCAUAGACCCCCAGUUUAUUUAUUUAAUUCAGCUUUACUCAAGAUUCAAGAUUGUUGGUACCAACUAAUUUGGAUUUUGGGAUCAUUCGGCGGUCCUUCAUCAGGGUGUGUAGUGCAUUAAGAGAGAGUAUCCAUAGUGUCAACUUACUACCCUCAUCCUGAUGAAAGACCUCUAAAAAUUCCCAAAUUAUUUGGUUUCAACAACAACAACAAUUAAUCAUGGGUAAGGAUGAUUUAAAUAAAUAAAGCUGUUAAUAAAGUCAGUUUCUUCAAAGCCAAUUUGAAUUUGACUUCCAGGUGACCGCUAAAAUGGCAAUUGCAAACUAGAGCCUUCCGGGGUUUAGAUUGUACAAAGUUCAUUUUCCUCUAUUCCGAAACCUUCUCAAGAGAGAUCUCUUCUGGCACUAGUAAACUGCAUAACAGUGCAUUUUGAAGACAUCCAGCACAUUUUAAUUGCACACAUGAUUGUGGUACUCCAAGAUUCACAGUCUUCAGGUUUGAACAAUAUCCAUUGACAAUAUAUGCUGUCCAAACUGUAUGCUGUUCCUAUUGAGGAAGGUGAAAACUUUAAGGGUUCACCAUUUUAAUUAUUUAUUGUUAAAGCCUUAAUAUUAAGAUUAAGCUGCCUAUUGUGGUUUAUGUGUUAUACCAACAUACAAAUGGAUUUUUGUAGAGACUGACAGUUAACUCUUAGUAAUGUCAUUUCAUUGAAAUUGUCGAACAAUAUGUAAAUAGUGUCAUAAGUUCACAAGCAAUAGAUAAAUAAUACAAUAUUAUGUUUCUUAUAAUUAAUCUUUAAUAAACAAUACACUGUCCAAUACUGUUAAAUGACUAGUAUAUCAAAUUCAAGCCUACAAAACUAAAUAAUAAUUUAUCCUAUAAUAAUUAUUUAACUAAAGAAGCUGUUUUACAGCAUAUCACCUUAGUAGUGAUUAGUCUGAGCACUUUUAAAAUGAAUGUAUAAUGUAAAAACGAAAUUUCUAAGAUUUUUAAAUAUAUUACUAUUUCCUUAUUAA